ACUGAAUUAGUGAUUGUGUGGCAGAUAUUCUUGUUUAAGAAAAGGAUGAUCAGUCUCUGCUCUACAGGGAAAAAAAGAAAAAAAAAAGCAUUUUUCUUGGGAAUCCGAUGAAGACUGAAUCAAAAUUCGAAAUUGUGUUCUAACAUCUGGGUCUCCGCCUGUGUUUGUAAUCCGCCAUUAAACUAACAUACCCGAACAAACCUCCAAAUUUAGCCAUUCCCAAAGCUUUCAUGAGAGCUUAACGAGGACAAAAAAGGGCUAAACAAACGUCUACCUUUGGUCAUUCAUCUUCUUCUUCUGGUUCUUCUCUUUGCAUUUCCCAUUUGGGUUUUCGCCGCCGAUCUCGCUCUUUCCAUGGAGGAUUCUUCCCGGCGAAAAACCGGUUCGUUUUUGGACCCUCGUUCGCGUCGGAGAUCUUGGUGUUGUUCAUUUGCUGUGCCGCCUUCCAGUCCCGAUAAUUUUGUGGUUUCUCGGUUCAAAACCCCUCGCAACAAGUCCGAAAAUGUGGUCAAACCUAGCGCUUCUGUUCCCAAUUCCCCUCAGAGCUCUAAAUCCGGGUUGAGUUUAGUCGGUCGGAUUGACCCAAGAAGGAUCUUGUCUCCCGGCAGAGUUUCGCCGAUCGACUCCGACCAGAAUGUUGAAACAUUGGCGCAACAAAUGGGCACUGAAAACUCCGCAGUCGUCGAUUCCCUCGUCCAACCACGAGUCGAGAGCUUUCGUUCCCCGAAGGAAAAGUAUCGGGAUCCUCCAGCCGGCUUGUCGCGCUCUGGUUCAGUUGUUGAGUGUAAUAAGAAGGAUAUCUUUGAUGUGAGGUUGAAUUUGAGGGCAAAGAACGGUGGAUGCAUGGUUUUGGAGGUGAAUUCAGAAGCACUGUGUGCUAAUUCAGAGGUUUUUUCUGAGCUGAUUCUGAAACAUAAGAAGGAUUCAGCAUCAAAUGGCAGUCCUUCGCGUUCAAAGCUGUGUAGAAUCGAAGUUCCUGAGGUGGAGAAUUUGGGGAUAUUCAGGGAGACCAUGGAGCUUAUGUUUGAGGAUGAUAUUUCAAAACGCCUCUCGAAGAUUGGCGUCUAUCGGUCCAUCGACAUACUUGAGAUAUCUGCAAGUAUCAUGUUCACGAAGUGCGUCGCUUCAUGUUUAAAGUACUUAGAGGCCGUGCCUUGGACCGAGGAGGAAGAAGAGAAACUAAGGAAUCUGUUUAUAAAAGUCGAGUUUGACGAUGCAACAAGUAGAGAUGUCAUGGCUAGACUACGCUUGCUCGACUCGGUAACUUCACAUCAAAGUAUAGCCAGACAGCUCGUUUGGUCUAUUUCCACUUGUACUAACUCCAUUGCAAGAAAUGAACUCAAGUCUUUAGUCAAGGGACUUCUCUGCAAGAGCUCAGUUUAUGAGAAAGAUCAUCUGGGCCUCAGUAAAGAGGACCUUUAUGUAGUUUUCCAUACUUGUAUAGCUUCAUUAGUCAGCCUUUUGAAGGGAUCCUCGGACACGAUCUGCCCCCGAAGAUUCGUUAAGAAUAUAACUGAGAAGCCGUUAAUCGAACAAAUGUCAAUCGAGGUAGAUACCAUCAACUGGCUGCUUGAAAUUUUACUUGAUUGGCAAAUGGCUGAAGAAUCUGUCAAUAUAUGGGCAGAUCAGAAAGAACUGAUUCGGAUGCACGAGAUCACUUCACCUAUGGUUAGAUACGAACUCAGUCGGGUUUCAGCUAACUUAUUCAUCGCAAUAGGGAUGAGAAAAAUGAACUGUCGUUCCGAAUCAAGGUUGGGACUACUACAGUCAUGGUUCGGUCCAAUGCUACUAGACUUCAGCUGGCUACAGCGCUGCAAAAAAGGACUGGAUAUGAAACUGCUGGAGGAAGCCAUGGGUCAGGCUCUGCUUACUCUGCCUAUGAGGCAGCAGCAUUUGCUAUUCAUGGACUGGUGUCGGUUCUUCUCGAAGCACGGUACCGAGUGUCCGAAUCUUAGCAAGUCGUUCCAAAUAUGGUGGCGCCGUUCAUUCCUUAGAGGCUCUGAGACCUACUCCAUUGAAUCCAGGUAGCUCUCCCUGCACCACUUUCUUGAGCUAUAUAACACCAGUGAAAUAGUUGUGUAAACCUGAAAGUUAACAAUAGGAUUGUUGUAACAGCUUUUAGAGCAAACAGACAACUUUAAAAUUUACGAAAGCUUGUACUGAUUUCCCACUUGUUUGUCACUCUCUGGGAAUUAUGUUCUUAAGCACAGUGCUAAUGAAAUUCUUAGGGUAGAUUUUUCAUAAUA